AUGUCCUCUGUAACACACCCAAUUCCAACGAAACUCAAGGCAGGAAAUGGCCUGCCCACGCCUCAUAUUGGUCCAGAUAUCGAUGCGUACAAGAAGGCACACGCGCUGACGACUGGCGAGCAUAGAGACUCUUUCUGGGAGAAGGCAGCUAAGGAGACGCUCUACUGGCACAGACCUUUCUCUACCGUUCUCACUGGUGGUUUCGAGCACGGAGACACAGCAUGGUUCCAAGAAGGCGGUCUCAAUGCAUGUUAUAACUGCGUAGACAGAUGGGCUAUUCAGAACCCAGACAAGACUGCAAUCAUCUAUGAAGCUGAUGAACCGGGCCACCACCAGGAAAUUAGCUACGGCGAACUUCUAAGAGAAGUCUGCAAGGUUGCAAACGUUCUCAAGAACAUGGGCGUCAAGAAGGGCGACGUCGUGUCCAUUUACUUGCCUAUGACUUGGCACGCUGUUGUCGCUUUCCUCGCAGUUGCUCGUCUAGGUGCUGUUCACUCUGUCAUUUUUGCAGGUUUCUCUGCCGAAUCCCUCCGAGACCGUGUUAUCGACGGGAAAUCCACCGUGAUUAUAACUUCAGAUGAAGGAAAGAGAGGUGGUAAGACAAUUGCCACUAAGAACAUCGUCGAUGCUGCUCUCAAGGAGUGUCCAGACGUCAACAAUGUCCUCGUCCUACAACGUACCGGUAAUCCUGUAAACAUGCAACAAGGUAGGGACUACUGGUGGCACGAGGAGACUGCAAAGGUCGUUCCUUACUGUGCACCAGAAAUUGUCAGUAGCGAAGACCCUCUCUUCAUUCUCUACACUUCAGGCUCAACAGGUAAACCUAAAGGUGUUGUGCACACAACGGGUGGCUACUUGCUUGGUGCAGCACUCACUGUCAAGUAUGUUUUCGACGUCCACGAAAAUGACAGAUAUGCGUGUAUGGCGGAUGUCGGUUGGAUUACUGGGCACACUUAUAUCGUCUAUGGUCCUUUACUCAAUGGUGUCUCAACAACCGUCUUCGAAUCUACCCCCGUCUACCCAAAUCCAUCGAGAUAUUGGGAUGUAGUACAAAAGCACAAAUUGACACAAUUCUAUACUGCGCCAACUGCUAUCAGAUUAUUGCGUCGUCUUGGAAAGGAGCAUCUGCAAGGCUACGAUUUGUCCUCACUGCGCGUGAUUGGCUCGGUUGGUGAACCCAUCAAUCCCGAAGCUUGGGAUUGGUAUAAUGAGGAGGUAGGCAAGAAGGAGUGUGCGGUCGUAGAUACAUACUGGCAAACGGAGACAGGAUCAAUCAUUAUCUCACCAAUGCCUGGAGCUAUUCCAUGCAAGCCAGGUAGUGCGACGUUCCCAUUCUGGGGUGUUGAGCCGGUUAUUCUGGAUCCAGUUACAGGUCAUCUGCUCGAAGGCAAUGAUGUUGAGGGAGUACUCGCAGUGAAGCAGCCAUGGCCAUCAAUGGCGCGAACGGUGUUUGGUGAUCAUGCGCGUUUCCUUGACACAUACCUUAAGCCAUACCCAGGCUACUACUUUACAGGAGAUGGAGCAGGUAGAGAUCAUGAAGGGUAUAUAUUCAUCAAGGGUCGUGUGGACGACGUUAUCAACGUGUCUGGACACAGAUUGUCAACGGCUGAGAUAGAAUCGGCGCUUAUUCUCCACUCAGGUGUCGCAGAGGCGGCUGUUGUGGGUGUGCAGGAUGAGCUUACGGGCCAGUCAAUCAGCGCAUGGGUGACUAUGAAGCCGGAGUUCAAGGGCAGUGUGGAUGAGAAUCUCGUCAAGGAACUCACUCUGCAGGUGCGUAAAGUGAUAGGCCCAUUUGCUGCUCCUAAGAGUCUCUACGUUGUCGGUGAUCUCCCUAAGACGCGUAGUGGGAAAAUUAUGCGCAGGAUUAUCAGGAAGAUUGUCGCUGGUGAGGGCGACCAGCUUGGUGAUCUGUCUACAUUGGGUGAUCCGGCUGUUGUGGAUGAUAUAAAGGAUAAGUUUGCCAAGGGGCAAGUGAAGUAG